AUGUCGAGAUUUUUCGCUUCCGGCUACAACUCCGAUUCGUCUUCGGAAGAAGAAGACUUGUUGAGCACCUCCGAGGAGGAGUUGCUCUCGUCGUCUGAAGAAUUCUCCACAGACAGUGAAUUUGAGAACGAAUCUGAAGAAAGCAGCGACGACGACGAUUCCGACUACAACGCCAGCGGGCCUUCGUAUUUCUUGAAGAAGGACUUUUUGAAGAAGGGCGCCCAUGACUCUGAUCUGGACUCGGAUGGCGACGGCCGCAAAGUGGUCAAAUCGGCCAAGGACAAGUUGUUGGACGACUUGAGAGAAGGCGUCGACGCUCUCUACAACGCGAAAAACUUGGAGAUCUGGAGCAAUGUGCUCACCGAGUUUGACCGUUUGUCGCGUUUGGUGAUCCGUGUCGGCCAGCAGAAGUUGCGUGUGCCUAAUUUCUACUACAAGAUGUUGGGUCAGUUGGAUGCGACGAUUGCAGAGAUCACAGCAGAGAAGGACAAGCGCAAGUUGCCUGCGGACCAGAACAGAGCCUUCAACACCACUCGCCAGAGAAUGAAGAAGAUGGGCCCAGACUUCCAGGCGUACUUGGAAUAUUAUAGAGACAAACCUGAGGCGUUCGAUGCGGAAGAACCUGUUGAAAUCGGAAUCUUUGGUGCCAACGACGCAGACGACUCCUCUGCUGUUGUGGGCGCCGUUUCCGGUACUACUCGUCUUGUCAGCCCUCUUUUCACCACGUUGAGACAGAUUGCCGACUCUCGUGGUAAGAAAAACAUCGACAAGAUGGAACAGGUGGAAAUCUUGGAAAAAUUGUUGGAUGAAGCUCGCGAGUCUGGCCGUGUAUUUGAUAUCAUUUGUGUUUACCAGAUGUUGCUUUCUGUGCGUUUUGACGCCGGUAACAGUGCUACUAUGCCUGUUUCCUUGUGGAAAGAUAACCAGCGUGACUUUGAAUCAUUUUUGACAUUCUUGGAGCAGAACUCCAAGUCGUACUGGGUCAGCGAAAAGGGUGUGUCUCUUGAUGAUUGGGACGUGGAGCCUCCAGCAAAUGAAGAUGGUGUCCGCGUCAUUAUGGGCUCGGUUGCUGCGGUGAUGGAAAGAUUGGAUGAUGAAUUUGCCAAGGGCUUGCAGACCACCGACCCACAUCUGACUGACUACAUUGAGCGCUUGAAGGACGAAACCGCGCUUUACCGUUUGCUUGUGAGAACUCAAAUCUACGUGCAAUCAACCACAGGUGCCUCGGAGCACUUGGCUCGUGUCAUUGUGCGCAGAAUGGACCACUUGUACUACAAGCCUGACCAGUUGAUCAGCGCAUGUGAGACUGCGGCUUGGGAGAACGCUUGGCCUGGCAUUGGCAUCGAGGACUCUCUGUUGAUGACUAAGGACAAGGCUCCAGCUGAUGUCUUGGCCGCGUUGAGCAGUUUCUUGUCGAAACAGGAAAAUGCCAUCUACGGCCAGCACGCUUUGCUCUGCUCGACCUACUACUACGCAGUGAACAGCAGGUACAGCGAUGCCCGCGAGUUGUUCUUGUCCUCGCAAAUGUAUAAUCACAUCGCCACCGCAGACUCCAAUAUUCAAGUGUUGUACAACCGUGCGUUGGUGCAAUUGGGAUUGAGUGCUUUCCGUGCCGGUGAAAUCGAUGAGUCGCACCAAAUCUUGAACGAGAUUGCCAACUCUCAGAGACUUAAGGAAUUGUUGGGCCAGGGGUUCAACUCCAAGUACCCUAACCAGGCCACGACGGCAGAAAAACAAAAAUUAUUGCCUUUCCACAUGCACAUCAACUUGGAAUUGUUAGAGUGUGUUUUCAUGACUGCGCUGUUGUUGAUUGAAAUUCCAGCGUUGGCUGCACAAAGCUCCACCAAGGACUCUCGCCGUAAGGCCAGCAUCAAAUCGUUCAAGAGCAAGUUGGAAUUCCACGACAGACAAUACUUCACAGGUCCUCCAGAGAGCAUCAAGGAUCACUUGAUCUAUGCUCUGCGUUACUUGCAAAAGGGUAACUGGGCCAAGUCCUACGACUUGUUGUCUUCCAUCAAGAUCUGGCGCUUGUUCCCUGACCAUGCGCAGUUGUUGCUCAUGUUGAAGCGCCAGUUGCAAGUGGAAGGCUUGCGCACAUACAUCUUUACUUAUAAGGCCAUUUUCUCGAAGUUGUCUUUGGCCAAGUUGGCGUCGAUGUUCCAGCUUGAUGACGAAAACGUCGCUGCUCUUGUCGACAAGAUGCUCUCGAGCGGUGAAGUACAAGGCUCGGUGGAGAAUGGCUUUGUCAACUUUGUCACAGAUGCGCCACAAAGAUCCAAGUUGCAGGAGUUGGCGAUCGUCAUGAACGAGAAGGUGGGCUUGUUGAACGAAAAGAAUGAGAAGACCGCAUCUAAUGGUCAUGGUAGAAACAAGAAUGCCCAGCAGCAGCAACAACAGCAGCAGCAGAAGGAACAGAAGGAGCAGAAGGAGUACCAGCAGGAGGAGAACAGCAAGUUCCGCUACGCCAACGUCAACACCAACAAUGACGAGUUCCAGGUCACAGCUUAG